UAAAUACGCUUACUGGUAUAAAUAUCAGAAAGUACUCCAAGAAGAUAGAGAACCUAACGAGCACUGAGAAGACAGAAAGGCGUAUAAAGAAAGUUCUACAAAGACAUAAAUUGUCAGGAAAUUGCCACAUGAUUACAUUUCAAGUUGAAUUUCAGAUUCUGGAAUUCCAGAACAAGGAAAAUUUAUCUUCCAUUAUUACUGACCUCAACAUAAUAAUGGAGUCCACCGCAUAUUCAGAAUUAAGUGAAUUUGUAUCUAGAGCAGAAGAAAGAAGAGAUCUGUUUAUGUUUUUCCGAAGCCUGCACUUUUUUGUGGAAUGGUGUGAAUAUCGGAAGCGCACAUUUAAACAUUUCAAGGACAACAGAAUGGUCUCACAGCAUUGCCAAGUGUCCCCUGGAGGGCAAAAUCGCCCCUGUUGAGAAUCACCCAGAGGCCAGGUCGCCCCACAUUUGUGUGUUUAUUUCUUAUUUGAGGAAUUCUAUGCAAUGUUAGCCUAAUAAAUCAAGAAAGUUCAUCAAAGCAGG